UGCAUAUCCCCAUCACCUGAACAGCUAAACCUGGCUACGUUGCUCUACUACUCUGUAAACUUGUACGCACUGUCCGUCCGACUAUCACUAAUAUGGCUAGGAACAGCGCAGGUAGCAUGUUCGGUGGGGCUGGCGGACGAGGCUCUCGAGUGUCCGUGGCGAGCUUGGAGGGUCUCAGGAACGUGAUGCGCGCAGACCCGGAAAAGAAGCCAGCGACCAACGGUCCAAUCUCCUCUGCCAACGGUCCGGUGGUCGCCGCUGCCGCACCGGACGACAAGAAGACGAUGCGCGGUCUGAAUGACCGUCUGAACGACUACCUGGGCAGGGUGCGUCAGCUGGAGAGCUCCAACACAAAUCUGGAGGAGCAGAUCAAAGACAUCCUGGCCAAGCGGGCUGUGCCGGUAGGCCGCGACUGGGUAGAAAUCGAGAAACCGGUGGCUGACCUCAGGAAAAAGCUGCGGGACAAGACCCUUGAUAACGCACGCCUGCUGCUCCAGAUUGAUAACACCAAACUGGCCAAUGAGGACUUUAAGAAUAAGCUGGAGUCUGAGAAGCAGGCCAAGAAGGUUGUGGAGCACGAUCUGGUUGGUCUGAAGAAGGUCAUCGAUGACACCCUGCUGAACAAAGCCCAGCUGGAGAGUCAAAUAGAGUCUAUAAAGCAGGAACUGGCCUUCCUCAAGAAGGACCACAGUGAUGAGGUUGUGGCCCUGCGCAAGAAGGUUAAGGACUCUGAGGUGAUUGUGGAGAUCGACUCCAACAACUCCAACCUGGGCGAUGUUCUGGACAAGAUGCGCAAGCAGUACGAUAAGCUAGCCAAGAAGAACCUAAAGGACACUGAUGACUGGUACCAGAGCAAGUUUGACAACAUCAAGGUGGAGGUGGCCCAGAACACAGAGGCUUUGCAAUAUGGCAAGCAGGAGCUCAACGACCUCCGCCGCCAGAGACAGCUUCUGGAGAUCGACACCCAGGCCAUGCUUAACAUGAUACGCUCCCUGGAGGACACCCUGUCUGACACACAGAGGCGCUACAACAAUGAGAUUUCCCGCAUUAACAAGAUCCUGCUUCAGCUGGAGGCUGACCUGACGAAGGUUCGCUCCCAGGUGGAGCGCCAGGUGGAGGACUACCAGGACCUGCUGCACGUUAAGAUGAAGCUGGAGGCUGAGAUCGAGAACUACCAACGCCUCAUCCUCGGCAUCAGCGAUGACAAGGAGGCCAGCUUGGAGUUCUCUCUAGAGAACGCUCUGAACAGCGCGCCACCCAAGUCGAGUAAGAAGGGGGAGAAGGAGAAGGAGGAGGAGAAGAUGACGGUGAAGGUGGUGGUCACAGCUCCUGAGCCGAGCGUCCCUGCCACCGAGCCCCCCCCCGCCAAGGUGGAGGCCCCCCCUACUCAGAAGGAGGGCAAGAAAGGGAAGAAGUAGGAACGUUCUACCCAGGCGGUCAAGAAAACCACCCCACCUCCCACCAGCCCACUUCCACCAGCAACCCUUCUUCUCCCCUAAGAAAUGGAUGCCCGACAUUACAAUUACUGAUGUUGUGUUGAAGUAGCUUUGUUGUUCAUCCAGUGCAUUCUUUCUCAGCAAAUUCUAUAGGUUAAAUAAAUAUUGCACC